AAAGAACCUCCGAGUGUGCCCCAUCCCACAAACCAAGCUCCCCCCUCCCCCAAUAGCUGACAGGUGGGUUACCCAGCCUUUGCCUGAGAGGGCACCCACUCAAACCCAAGACAGCCUGUUUCCAGGGAUCAGAAUCAGUAUUUUCUAGCCCUGGCCAGAUAGAAAAUGCCAGAGGUAGAGCCAUUGUAAAGGACUAGAACAGUUAGUUGCGGUGGGGGGUGGAUAAGCUGGCUUCCAUCCAGCCCUCCCAGGGGCCACUGCCUGGACUUGAGAAUUGGCUGAGCCUUUCCCCGUGACCAGUUCCAGUGCCACUCCAUUGAGUGACAAGGUCACCUGCAGAUCUUUGCCCAAGUUAGGUGCCUCCCUCCAAGCUAAAGAUAGACAUUGGGCCUUCCAGAGGGCCAUAACUUUCAGUUCAGUAAGAGGUACUUCAUGUUAGGCUUCCAGGCUCUUGAAAAGGCUCUUUUUCCUCAGCCUGCCUCCCUCUCCUCCCCCUGCCAUGUCUGUGUUCUGCUUUAAUAAAGGCUGUGGGCAGCACUUUGACCCAGAUGCCAACCUCCCAGCUCUACUGAUCUUGAUGAAAAACAUCUUUGGAUAGUUGUUUCCAGUGGAGGGUUCUGGGAUGGUGGCUGAGCAGUACCUACUCGUGCUCAUUCGAUUUUACCUGCUCUACACAGAUAGCUGUUGCCAUCACCCUGGGGUACCCAUCUUCCAUGAUGCCCUCAAGGGUUGGUCUUGCUGCCAUAAGCGAACAACAGAUUUCUCUGAGUUCUUAAGCAUCCAGGGCUGCACCCUGGGACCACACUGUGCUGAGAAGCCUCAGGAGAGCCCUGGUUCUGGAAGUGCCCUCCAGGGGCCCAAGCACUUGGACUUCAUGCCCAAGUCGGCAGAGAUGCUUCGCCGGGAAAGGCCCAAGGAAGAGUUAGACCUGUGCCUCCUGCCACUCAGUGUGUCUCGUGCUCUGGAGACUGCCCUGGAACAGAAGGAACCUGAACUAGAAGACCCUCCGCCUGGAGCAGGUGGACCUACUGCUGGGCACUGUGCUAAUUACUGGGCCACAAAGGCAAAAACAGCCCUGGCCUUGUGGGGUGCUAGAGGACUACCCAACACUGUGGUCCAUCCUGGCUCCAUCUGCCAGAACCCAGGAUGUGGUGCUGUGUUCCAAGGCUCUGAGAGUGAUGCCAGCCCUUGUAGCUUCCAUCCUGGAGGACCUCUGUUCCAUGAGGGGAUGAAAUCUUGGAGCUGUUGUGGUGUGCCAACCGUGGAUUUUAGUGCUUUCCUGGCACAGCCAGGGUGCAGCCUUGGUACACAUGUCUGGCAGAAGCAGCAAUGGGUCUCCUGCCGCCAUGACUGGCAUCAGACAGCCUCUGUAGUAGUGGUGACUGUGUAUGGCCAGAGACCAUUGCCUGCUCUCAGCUGGGUGAAGGCCAGUCAAACCAAGCUUCACAUCCACAUAUCUUUUGAGGGCAACCGGGUUUUCCAGGAGCAACUGGAGCUCUGUGGGGUCAUAGCUGUGGAACAGAGCUCUGUCUCCCUCAUGCCAUCCCGGGCUGAGAUCUCCUUGAGCAAGGCUGACCUGGGGCCUUGGGCCCAGUUGGAGCAGCCAGGCACGAGGAUGCAAGCUGAGAAGGUUGGGGAGGAUGUUGGAUCUGGAAUGAUUGGAGAGGAGCCUGAGGAUUCAGAGGAUGAUUUGAGCUGGACAGAGGAAGAGGAGGAAGGAGAGUGACCACUAGAUAGGUAUUCUCAAAGAAGCUCAGUGGUUCUCCUAGGACUUUGGAGUCAAGGGCAUGGCUCUUGGGCACUGACCUGUAGGGAAGAAAACAUGAGAAAGGUUCUGUUCAGAUUUCAUGCUCCUCAGAUCACUCUUCCUCUGGUCACAGCCUUCUCCCCGCCCAACAAGAAACAACCACCACCAAAUAAAAUGGCCCCCUACAUCUUU